AUGGCUCCGACGGUGGUAGUAAAAGUCCUGCAAGCUAUUCGAGACCAUCGAGUGCUCAAAGNGCGCGGACACAACGUGACCGUUUACACCCCAAACCCAUUACAAAAUUCGUCUUUAGUUAAUUUAACGGAAAUAGAUCUUAGCGAUUUAUACGAUUACAUGGGCAAAGGUCAGAUAAAGGAAGUGAUGCGUGGAUCAACUUCGCCUUAUCAGGCAUUCCACGUAAUUUACGAAACAUUAGUGAUGCCGCUGCUUGAGGUGUUCGAAAAUCAUGUCGAAAUUCAAAAAUUUUUACGCGACAACACAUCUCAAUACGAUGUGGUUCUAGUGGAACCAUUUCCUCUAGUUUUCCUUGCCCUAGGAAGCAAAUUUAAUUGCCCGGUGAUAUCGGUCGUUUCUUUAAAUCCAUUCACACCCAUACACGAAUCGGUAGGAAACGUAAUCCAUCCAGUUUUUUAUCCCGAUGUCCCGUUAUCUUACGUCCACGAUCUUAACUUUUUCGAAAGACUUUAUAAUACGUUCCAAACGUUGAAGAUCAUGAUUUACCACGAAUAUAAUCUGUUAGCCCGAUGUGACGAAUACAUAAAGAAGAAUAUCGGUGAAAAUAUACCACCAAUUCGUGAAAUAAGUAGAAAUAUUAGUGCUCUAUUCCUUAGUUUGAACCCCAUAUUUAAUAUUGUUCGACCUUUAAGCCCUUUGACAAUUCCCAUGUCAUUUAUGCAUGUUCAACCUCCAAAGGAAUUGCCCCAGGUAUGUAUAUUCUACGGAAAAAACUAAAUUCUUAUGAUAACGCAAAAAUUACAACUUUCGAUUGUAAAUGACUUAAUUUGCCGUAGAAAUA